AUGCCACUGGGUGACAUCUUCCUACACCGGACGUCGCAUCAGCAGGGCCAGAGCGUCAAGAAGAUGCUACGAACCAUGUUGCAAACCCGGCGGAUUCCCUACGUCUGCUCGAGAUGCUCGUCACGAAUUCACCAGCGAUACGGCGCCCGCGCCCUGAUCCGGGGGGCCACGGGGCCUAGUUCGACCGCGGCGUACCUGUCCACCACAUCGUGCAGCCGGGCCGAGCGCCCGACCGCGGCGGCGUCGCCGUCCCGCAGGCUGGCCCAGGCUCGCCCCCCGCCGAAGCUGCCGACGUCCGACGACGGCCGGACGGCGGAGUACCCAAGACCUCUCCCCAUCCGCGAGCGCCUACGCCUGUGGGCGGCCGAGAACGAGGAGAUCCUCAGGGAGUUCGAGCUGACCGACCACAACGACAGCUCCCUCUCGGGCAAGGCGCCCAACAGCCUGUCGCGGCCGCAGACGACGGCGUCCCCGGACGUGGAGAACCUCGGCACGGCCGCGGUCGGCAUGUCGGGCUCGCCCGAGGAGCGCGCCAUGACGCAGCUCGACUUCGAGGUCGGCGUCGACUCGAGGCAGCCGGGCGACCUGGUGGAGCUGAGGGCGCCGGGGGCCAGGAGCCCCAUAUUCGCCGUCUACCUGGGCUUCUUCGGCGGUCGGAACCACUUCUACGGCAGCCAGGGCCGGUGGCUGAUGAGCACGGGCUACGGCCCGCUCUUCACCGUCGCCAACUUCGCCAGCGCGGCCGAGAUCCGGCCCGUCCUGGAUGAGAUGCCCCGCUGCCGGACCGUCGAGGACUUCGACCGGGCGCAGCAGGAGGACAGGGGCCCCUCGCGCGCCGCCGCCUCGGCCCUGCUGGACAAGAUGGCGCGCUUCAAGAAGGACUCACAGAGCGUCUACCUCGGCAACAUGGGCACCCUGGACCGGGCCCGAAUCCUGCUGUCGGACCGCGACACCGUCAAGUACAUGAGCCUCUUCGAGAUUGCCGACGUGCUGCUGCCGUCCUCCGUCAAGCGCGGCGGCGGCGGCGGCGGCAAGGACGCCAACUUCCCCGCCUCGGCCCUGUACGCCGUGCACACGGCCCUGUACCGCGACGAGAUCGCCUUCCGGCCGCUGAGCCCGACGAGCGACUGCCACCGCCGCGACCACAUGUUCGAGGUGUUCCCGCUGACCUUUGUGGAGAGCAUCGGCCGCGUGGCGGCCAUGGUGCGCGGGUACUGGGUGUCGGCAGGCCAGAUGUCGGACCCGUCGGCGGAUAAGGCGCUGCGGCGUACCCUGCUCGGCAGCUUCGUCGACAAGGCGAGGCAGGUGGUGCUGUCGAAUCGGCAGAGGCGCGGGUGGGACAGGGGCGCGAUCGCGCCGCUCGACGAGGCCACCAUCGUGCCCGAGGUGGAGUGGUCCCACGCCAGCUGGGAGAUCAUAUCGUACCUGCAGUGGUGGGCCAGCUACGACCUGUUCGAGCCGAGCUCGCGCUUCAGCUCGUACGGAUCGGUGAUCCUGCGCGCCCUGGACCUGUACGACGGCGUGCGCCUGGACCAGUCGACGGCCUGGACGCUGCUGCGGGAGCUGGGCGUCGUGCCGCUGUGGGAGGUGCCCUCGCGGUACAGGGUGCGCUUCCCGGGGACGGCCAUCGUCCGGGGCGGCGGGCUCUCCCGGUCCGCGGACCCGGACGUCCAGGGGUCCACGCGGCCCGACAUCGCGGCCGGGUACCGCGUCGACAGGGCCGACCAGAAGGUCUUCUGCAUCGACGGGCCGGACGCGGUCCUCAUCGACGACGGCAUCUCCCUCGAGCGCACCGACGGGGACGACGAGUUCUGGAUCCACGUCCACGCCGCCGACCCGGCCUCGGGCAUCCGCCCGGACUCGCCCCUGACGAGGUACAUGGAGCUGAUACCCCAGAACAUAUACCUCCAGGGCCACUUCCAGGCCAUGCUGUCGGACCCGUCCGGCGGCGGCGUCACGGGGGGUGACAUGGCCGACCUGGUGCGCAAGUACUCGCUCGCGCCGGGGGCCCCGGCCCUCACGUUCAGCGCCAGGGUGAACCGGUCCGGCGACAUUCUAGACCACAAGAUCCAACCCACGACGAUCCACGACGUCGUGUACCUGGACCCCCGGGACGUGGCCGACUUCUGCAAUCAGCCUGCCCCUCCCGCCCGGCAGACCCCGUCAGACGAGCUCUCGGUAGGCAGACCGCCCGGCGACGGCGACGGCGACGGCGACGAGGACCACCGCCCCGAACCUCGGCCCAACAGGCCGAUGACCAAGGCCGCCGACCUAGACGAGGCCAGCAAGGAGAUGCUCUCGACCCUGUACACCCUAUCGGCGGCCCUGGGGCAGAAGCGCAGGGAGAGGGGCGCGUGGCCACACUUCUUCCCCGGCUCGUCGGUGCAGGUGUCCUACCCGGACGGCGGCAGCGGCAGCGGCAGCGGCAGCGUGGCGGCGGCGGCCGGUUGGGUCCCCGCGGACCCGCACAUCACCGUCUCCCGCGAGGAGGACAGGACGUGCUCGGUCGUGGACAACCUGAUGGUCCUGGCGGGCCAGGUAGCAGCGCGGUGGUGUUCGGACCGGCGGAUCCCGGUACCCUUCCGGCGCGACACCAAGUCGGCGACCAACUACGAGGCGGCCCUGCGCUACGCCACGUCGACCGUGUACCCGCAGAUUGCGCGGGGCGUCGAACCCUCGCGCGACCAGCGCAUGCAGCUCGCCGCCCUGACGGGGGGCACCGAGCUGUCCACCUCGCCGGGGCCGUACUUCAUCCUGGGUCUGGACAUGUACGCCAAGGCCACCUCGCCUCUACGUCGAUUCUCCGACCUCCUGCUGCACUGGCAGGUCCACGCGGCCCUGAAUCAGCAGCAGCACCGACGCGGCACCAGCAAGUCUCGCGUCUCUACCACUACUUCUUCCCCUACUACUACUACCACUGCUACUACCACUGCUACUACUAGUACUACUCCUACCUCUGACAGUGAUCCGGGUGUAGACCUGGAUCUGGACCUGGACCUGAGCCACCUCCCCUUCUCAGAGGAGGAGAUGUCGAGGAUCCUAUCUCUGCUACAUAUGCGCGAGAAGAUGGCCAGCACCGUCUCGAGGGGGGACAGGGACUGGAUCCUCAUGGCGCUGGCGCGGACGUGGCGGUUCGGCGGCGACGGCGGCUCCGCGCCGGCCAAGUUCCGCUUCACCGUCACGUCGCGCCGGAAACAGGGUCUGCUGGGUCAGAUCGACUUCUUCGGUCUGGACGCCAUGCUCGACGUCGACGGUAUCGACGGUCUGGUCCUCCUCAGGGACGUCGAGGUCGGUCAUGUCUUUGACGUCGAGAUUGACCAUGUUGACGUUUAUGCUGGUGAGAUUCGGGUCAAGGCCAUUGGUAUCGGUACGGGGAGCUGA